CGGAAUGGUUUAACCGGGAAGCAUGUUUCGUUGUUUGGGGAAAUAAACCUUCGUAUUUUCUCUGUUAUCUGACAUUAGUGAGUAAACCACUGGUUUAUAUAACGGAUAUAUCUAAUUUAAAUAAACGUUCGUAUUUUCUCCAUCUGACACAAGAUCUGGACAUUAUUGAAUAGUGAUGUAAACCACUGGUAAAAUAUAUAAACAGAUAUAUCCGUCAACGACCCUCUGCGCUCACAUUGGUCCAGGGCAGACUAGAUCCAGCUCAGUAGAGCUGGUUUUCAUUCGGUAAGGAUUGGUUAGACCAGGUCUUAACCCGGUUAGCUGCAGUCAUGUCGGACUUUAUGAUCCUCAUCCUGAUCCUGGUCCUGGUGGUCUGUCUGCUUGUGACGGUGGUGGGCAUCGUGCUGUACUCGGGUCUCCUCGCUGAGGUGGUGGUCAGGACGGGCUCUCCCCCCGUCAGGAACCUCAUCAUUGCCUAUAAGUUCAAAGAGGGUCCCUACAGGGACAGCGGGGCGGGCUACACGGAGAGCUGCUCCAUCGGACCCCGGCUGAGCUGCAUCGGCAUCUUCUACGACGACCCCAAGCAGAGGCCAGCCGAGCAGUGCCGCUACGUGGUGGGCAGCGUCCUGAGCGAGGGCGAGCAGACCCCCGACCCUGAGCUCCAGAAGCUGUACGAGCAGCACGGUUUCCGGGUGUUCUCGCUGCCCGAGGUGACCCACGCGGUGACCUCCAGCUUCCCAAGCACCACUCCCCUCUCCCACAUCCUGGGACCCUACCGAGUCUACCCAGCGCUCUCCUCCUACAUCGAGGAGCGGAAGCUGAGUGCGUACCCGAUGGUGGAGGUGUGCAGGGACGAGCAGACCCUCUACAUGGUGCCGUUGGACCGCCAGACGGAGUUCUUCGUCCCGGAGAUGAAAGAGGAGGGGAAGGCCGAGCUGAGAGAAGAUGAUUCAGAGGAAGACAGAGGGACCGACAUCACUGGCGCCGACUCCCACAGCGACGUGAGCUCGGGGAGCAGCGGCGCCCCGUGGGACGGCACGCCGCUGCCCGCCUCCACGGCCGCCUCCCUGGCCUCCGCCUCGCUGGCCUCCGCCUCUCUGGACUCCGCCCCUCCGGGCUCCGCCCCUCUAGGCUCCGCCCUUCCAUUGAGGGAGCUGGCGGACGGCGAGGAGCGGCUCCUCGGGGACCAGGACUCGGACAAGUCGCUGGGCAGCGGCUCCUCCUUCGAGGAGCUGGACAUGGAGCAGGGGGAGAGACGGGAGGAGGAGGAGGAGGAAGAGGAGGAAGAGGAGCAGCUGGGAGGAGCGGCAGGGGGAGGCGUGGGGAAGGAGUUGGAGCACGGAGCGGAAGGGGCGUCAGAGCAUGAGAAGGAGAAGAGGGAACCCUCUGGUGAUGGAGCGGAGUAGGAGGAGGAGAGGAGGAGGAGAGGAGGAGAGGAGGGGGAGGAGAGGAGGAGGAGAGGAGGAGGAGGAG